GAAAAUCUUCCUUUCCGGCCUGGGGAUUCGUUGCUUCUUAGAGUUGAAAGCAAAAUGGCACAUAUACCUUCCCACUCGCCAGCGCUCUUUCAUCGCUGUCUGUAUUUAUUCAUCACAUCCAUCACCCCCCGUGGUUCAUGUAUGCAGGAAGAGAAGAGAGUUAAGCGAAAAUCUCAAAAUGAAAGGCGGCAGCGUGGAGGAUGAUGCAUGGUACCUGGAUAUGGAGGAUAGGCUUGACAAGCCGUUGGCGGAGACCGAGCAGGCGCGGUGGAUGGCGCGCUGCAUCUACCGGGUUCCGGCGUGCGUCAAGGACAUCAAAAGCAAAGCGUACACACCACAGGUGGUUUCCCUGGGUCCCUUCCACCACGGUGACCCCGACCUGCUCUCUAUGGAGGAGCACAAGCGCCGGGCAGUCCGGCACGUCCUACGUCGAGCCGGCAUAAGGGCAAAAGAGUUGGUCGCGGCCGUAGCGGAGGUGGCGGAGCAUCUGAAGUGCUCGUACAUGGAUCUCGGCGUCGAGUGGAGGGACCGCAACCGCUUCUUGGAGUUGAUGGUCGUCGACGGGUGCUUCCUGCUCGAGGUGAUGAGGACGGACGCCGGGAAUCAAGUAGUAGGAGACUACGCUCCCAAUGAUCCCAUCUUCAGCCGGCAUGGACUGCUCUAUACUGUCCCCAAAAUCCGGAGAGACAUGCUCAUGAUCGAGAACCAGUUGCCGCUUCUCGUGCUUCAGAGGAUCACUACCGUUGAGGGUGUAAAUUCUUCGAGCGACGCCUUCAUCAACUCGAUGGUGCUUAGGUUCCUGGCCCAGUCUUCUCCGAUGCGGCCGACCGAAGGAGGCCUGUGGCUCCACCCCCUCGACGUCCUGCGCAGGAGCAUGGUCUUUGGACCGUACCAUGUCACCUACCGCAACCGGAGCCAUGAAGACGCACAGGAAAGUGACGUGAUCGGGUCGGCUAGGGAGCUCUACGAGGCUGGGAUCCAUUUCAAAAAAAGCAACACGAACUACCUCGACGAUAUCAGCUUCGUGCACGGCGUGCUGAGCCUGCCGCAGGUGUGCGUGGACGACUCCACUGAGUACAUGCUCCUCAACAUGAUGGCGUUCGAGCGGUUGCAUGUCGGCGCCGGUCACGGCGUGACGGCGUUCGUGGCCUUCCUGGACAACCUCAUUGACAAGGCUAAUGACGUGGCGCUGCUGAAGUCCAAAGGGAUCAUCCAGGACGCAAUCGGCAGCGACGCCGCGGUGGCCAAACUGUUCAACAGCAUCUCGAGGGACACCGUGAUCGAGCCCGGCAGCGCGUUCGACGCCGUGUAUUGUGAAGUGACCGGCUACUACAGGAACAAUUGCCGCAGAGUACUCAACGGUUGGUGGAUCAACCUCAUCGACAAAUACUUCCAGAACCCCUGGACGACCAUCUCCCUCUUGGCCGCCGUCGUCCUUCUCACCCUAGCCGUCCUGCAGACAGUCUACACCAUGCUAUCGUUCUACGAACAUCAAGACGAUUGACUCUCGAUACUCCCCCGUCCAUAUUUACAUUGCAUACACACAUUUUUCUGUUCAUAAUUGUGUGCAGCACUUUCAUAAUUUGAUGUCUAUAAAGGUCAUCAACGUCGACUGAUUUUCUACAGAACUAGCAUGCGAGAGCAAC